ACGGACUUCGUCAGUGCCUGCACCUCCUGCGCCUGCGGCAAGUCCUCACGCCGGCCCCCGGCGGGGUUGCUCCAGCCGUUGCCCGUUCCGCCUCGUCCUUGGUCCCACAUCGCCCUGGACUUCGUGACGGGCCUACCGCCAUCCCGUGGGAGGACCGUCGUCCUCACGAUCGUGGACCGGUUCUCCAAGGCUGCUCAUUUUGUGCCUCUGUCCAGGUUGCCCUCGGCGCUGGAGACCGCCGACCUCCUUAUCCAGCACGUCUUUCGCCUCCACGGUAUUCCACUGGACAUUGUCUCGGACCGUGGGCCCCAGUUCGUAUCCCGCGUCUGGAAGCGGUUCUGCCGGUCCCUCGGGGCCACGGCCAGUCUGACCUCGGGGUACCACCCCCAGUCCAAUGGACAAGCCGAGCGUGCCAACCAGGAUCUGGGGGCAGCCCUCCGCUGUCCCCCUUCAUGGCCGCCUACGGGUACCAGCCGCCGCUGUUCCCGUCCCAGGAGGGGCAGGUGGAGGUCCCCUCUGUGCAGCACCACCUCAAGCGGGCCCAUCGCGUGUGGAAGGAGGCCCGGGCUGCGUUGUCCCGCACGGCGACCAGGAACCAGCGGAUCGCGGAUCGUCGCCGGCGCCCUGCUCCUUCGUACGUGGUGGGACAGAAGGUAUGGCUGGCAACGAGGGAUCUUCGCCUGGCCGGCACGUCUGCGAAGCUGGGACCCCGGUUUACUGGACCAUUCGAGUGACUUGGCUCCUCCUCCCACGCCGCCGCCCCCUCCGCGGGUCGUCGACGGUGACCCGGUGUACACGGUUCGUGCCAUCCUGGACUCUCGGCGCAGGGGAAAGGGGUUCCAGUAUCUGGUCGACUGGGAGGGCUACGGGCCUGAGGAGCGGCAGUGGGUGCCUCGCUCCUGGAUCCUUGAUCCGUCCCUUUUGCGCGACUUCCACACUGCACACCCUUCCAAACCGGGUAGGCCGCCGGGAGGCGUCCAUUGAGGGGGGGGUACUGUCACGUCGCGCGUCCGCCAGCAGGUGGCGGGUCUUCUCCUCCGCCAUUCGGCACACCUGCCCGUAAUUUC